AUGCAAUCAUUAUCUUUGCCAGAACAGCAAGCAGAACAAAUGAAAGCUUUGACUCAGCAGUGCAUUCAAAACUUCCAUCAAUUUAUGGAUGUAAGAAUUUCUUUUUUUACCAUUUUAGGAAUCAUACGAUAGAGUCAAUGGAGCCAUUGACUCCAUUUACGAUUAAAUGUGUUUUAAGCCAGCUCCUGAAUAAAACCCAAGUACCGAACUUGUAAAAUUACCGGAUGCUCCGAAAUUGAAGAUAGAAGUGAUAAUCAAUAUCACUCCUGAUGAGACCAAAUCAUUUAGGUAAAAAAGAAGUUUUUAAUUAAUAUAUUUAUAGAUGUUUGUAAUAAUAGAAGGUAGAAGUAGUAGUACAGGAAGAGCUGGAGGUAUUUGAGAGAUAGGAGGAUCUCUUAUAAAUUUUAUCUAAUGCUAAUUAGAUAAUUAUUGAUGAUGAUGACCCAUCAUAAAUAUUUAAGAAACUUUUAGAUAUGCUCAAGAAGGAGUAAAUCAAAGACUGUGUGGCAUAUCUCCAAUCAUUUAAGAAUUAAGAUAAAAAGGAGAAGGAGUAAAUUAAGAAGAUAAUAAAUAUCCUGAAGAACUUAAAAGAUCAUGAAUUCAAUUUGAAAGACUAUUCCUCAGAAGCAUUUGAAGAGAUUAAAAAGGAACUGAUGAGUAAGAUAUAAGGUGAGAAGAACAUGAUUGAGUUAUUAAAAUUCUUAGUCCUAAUUACUAGUAUAGAUGAUCAAUUCAUCUAAUGUGGAUCCAAUUCACUUCAUAUGUUGGUAAUGAUAAAGGUAGAUGUCAGAAACCAAUCAUUUGAGAAUAUACGGAUCAAGAAUACAACUUUGAUUGGUGGUAAUUUUGUACGAUGUGAUUUUAAUGGAUCAGAAUUUGAGAAUGUGGAUAUCAGUGGAGUCAAUUUUAAUGGAGCUUAAAUGUUCAAUUGUAAUUGGAAGAACAUAAAAGUCCAUGAAUUGAAUAAGUUGGAUGGCCAUAGUAGUUGUGUUAGAUCAGUCUGUUUCUCUCCUGAUGGAAAUACAUUAGCUUCUGGUAGU